AUGAUUCCAUCAUAUAUAUCGAGACUUACGACGAACUUUUCAAAAAUAUCGACAAUAGGAUGCAAGAAUUACCACGAUCAGACCGACGAACCGACCGGCCCGAAAGUCAUCACCGAUCUACCCGGGCCCAAGUCGAAGGCUCUACUCAAAAAUGUCAAAUUUCAGCAGAAGAUUGAAAAAUCUGAUAUCUUCGGAAAUUACGAAGAUUCCGUCGGAAAUUAUCUGGUGGACGCGGAUGGUAAUACAUUUUUAGACAUCAAUUUGCAAGACAACCGAGUGCCGUUCGGAUACAAUUACAAAAAUUUGGAAAAAGUUUUGUUUGCUUCGAACAAGAGGAUAGAUGAAAUCAAAAUGGGAGUGUUUCCGGGCAUGCGAUUUCCCACUAAAACUGCUCAAUCUUUUCAAGAGGUCUCGCCGAAUAUGCCUGGUUUAUAUUUAUGCCCGAACGAAGCUGUGGCAUUAAAAGAAAGCAUGAACGCAAUGAAAUAUUCCUCCGAAAAGCACGAUAGCGAGAUGAAAUCGCAACGUUUGUUCGGCUCGAUAUUUAACAAGAAGGUUUCCACCAAAUAUUCCCUGCUGUGUUUCAAAGACGCCCAAUCGCUUGCGCCCAGCAACGAAGAUUUAUCCCGCGUCGAUUACCCCAUGUACAAAUAUCCCCUAAACGAGAACAUCGAAUACAAUAACAGCGAAGAUGAAAAGAGUUUGGCGAUGAUCGAAGAUCAAAUCUGCGUUUGCCAGGAAAAGGAUCGACCAGUCGCCGGUAUAAUAAUCGAGCCGCUCCAAACAACCACCAAUCAAGUCUUAUCGACCAAAUUCAUGCUGAAAUUGGAAGAAAUCGCCUGCAAAAACGGCAUUUACCUGAUGUUCGACGAGAUGAGAACCUGCUGCGGGGCGACCGGUCGCUUUUGGAUGCACGAACACUAUCCCCUGCACUGCCAGCCGGACAUUUUGUCCUUCGGCGGUAAAAUGCAAGUGUCCGGUUUCUUUCACCGCGCCGAUUUAUUCCCGUUUUACAACAACAACAACCUACUGACGACCGAAUCCAUCAGCCUCUCCAAAUUGAUCUUGUUCGAGAAUAUAAUUGACCUCAUCGGCAGGCACAAUUUGAUGAAAAACGCUCGAAUCACCGGCGAUUACAUCAAGAACAACUUGCUGCACAUGGAGAAGGAAUACGAGAAUUUGAUCAAAGCCACCAGAGGUUUGGGCACCAUCGUGGCUUUCGAUGCCAGCUCGCCCAGAAUGGCGGAGGACUUUUUGAGGCGAUUGCGACAGAAAGGUAUACUUUGCGGUAAAUGCGGCGCGUCCGGAAUCGCCGUCAGACCUUCAUUGACGUUCACCAAAAACCACGCCGUUAUAUUCAUCGAUCGACUCCUCGACGUUAUCAAACAGACCUCGUUGAAACCGACGGACACCGAACACGUCGUGCCCGUUUUGCCGAUGCACGACGAGAAGGCCGUUUUGGACACCAUCAGCAAAUCCGGAAAACUCCCGCCGAGCAUCGCGCAAUCCGAUUCAACCGGCUGUCUCAAACAAAUCGACGGCAACAAGAACGAAUUGGAAUUGUUGAACACAACCCACCGAGAUUCGAGCAAAGUUCCGCCAUCUCUAUCGCUGAUAAACGAAGCGCAAAGAGCGCUGGAGAACGUGCAAACUAAAAAAGACAAAGGCAACAUGAGCAUCACCAUAAAACUACCGAAAUCGCUGAAGAAGGGCAAGAAACCGGCGUCGAAGACGAGCCAAGGAAAGGUAACCAGCGAAUCUAUCAAGAAGCAAAAACUGGACAUACAAUACCCGAAGAAACCGUCGGGGCAAAAGUGCAAAUCCGCCGGUAUGUCGGCGGAACCGCCUCGAGCCUCGUCGGCGCCGAUGCGAGCGAUGCCCAAAGCGCCGCCGUCGGGCGGCGGCGGCGGCGGCAGCAAAUGCGGCAAAACCAGCAAGGACAAGUGCAAACCUUCGGCGCAGGCGUUCAAAAUAAAAUGCCUGAAGUGCAUGAAGAAGGGCUCGGGCAAAUGCAAGCCGGGCAAGAACGCCAUAACGAUCAAGUGCUCGAAGUGCAAGGAGAAGGGCGGCGGUCAAUGCGCGCCCGGCAAGAACGCCAUAACGAUAAAGUGCAUGAAAUGCAAAGAGAACGAGGGCAAGGGAUGCCAACCCACCACAGGCGCCAUAACGAUCGUUUGCGCCGAAUGCAAAAAGGAACAACAGUCGAAUUGCAACGGGCAAAGCAGGAACCUGUCGUAUUUGGUGUACCGAAAGAGUUUCUACCACGCGAAGCGGUUCUACACCACCAAAUCCACCGAUCUAAAACAAUCCACGAGAAAACUAAUAAAGUCAUCUACGGCGGAGAAGGAUGCGGAUAGAAACUGCUCCAAACGUCAUAGAAGUUGUGUACGUAAUAAAUAUAAGUUAAACAAACUGGAUAUAGAUCAUUAUAAAAUUUCAGGUCGAAAAUUUUUUGCUCUAAACAAAUCUAAUGUGUUAUUGAAACAAGAACCGAAAGCGAUAAUGGCCCAACGGAGGAAUCGAGACACCGACGCGAUCUAUGACGAUGCGAACGCGACUGGCAAAAAGGACGAGAAAAAGGAUGAAAAGAAGGAUGAAAAAAAGGACGAUAAAUCGCCCAAAGUGAAAGCGUUGGCGUUGAAAUGGAUUAAAAAACGCAAUCCGGAUGAGGGCCCUCAACUAGAGGUAUUGUACUGUAAAGAAACCAACCAAAAAAGCGACGGAACGAAAGAUAAACCGUUACCAAAUAAAAAAAUCGAUAAACCUCUAAAAGAAAUAAAAACUCCGGAGGUAAAAAAGAACGAGCCAGUCAAAGCGAAGGAAACUCCGAAGAGCCCCAAUUUAACACUUAAAAAUAACAACCAGAAUAACACCAAUAAAGUAACAAUGGUACUUAAAGGAAAUAAGAAAAUUUCUAAAAAACCUUCAGGAAAAAUCAAGAAAGAGGGACGCGUUUCUAGCAUAACAUCAUCCUCGUUAGAAGACUCCAAGAUAGAAGAGAAAUUCAACAUGCCAGUGGCACCCUUGGUAGAAGUAAAACCGGAAGGAAACGAAGCGAAGACACUAAGAGAACUAAAUUUAGGAAGCAAACAAACGAAUCUAAACCAAUCGGAUUUACCGACUAAAUUGCCAGAUAUAAAAGCAAACGAAAAAUUAGACAAGGCGGAAAAUGAUACAAAAGUAGACAAAGCAAAACCAGAAGUGACUAAAAACAACCCAAAUCAGCUUAUAGAAAAACCGGUAAUAUUGACCGAUGCUCCGCAAGUAACGGAAAAAGACCUGGAAACGAAGGAAAUUUUAAAAGCGAAGCAGGCGUUUAACGAAGAAAUAGAAGCGCUUUUCAAAGCUAAACCGCCUCCGAGCAGCGAUCCGAAGAAACAAAAGGACAAGAAAGGUGGCGACAAGGGUAAAAAAAAGGUCCAAAUAACGACUAAAAAGAAAGUUCCCGAAAAGUGUAAAAAAGUUGUCAAAAAAGCCAAAAAGGGCAAAGCCGGCGGUAGCGGCCCUUGUGCGCCACAAACUUGCCCCAAAGUCAUGGAACUGGUAUUUUUCAUGAAAAGUAAAAAGGGAAUACUAUGCCCGAAGAUAUGCAAUACCAAAAAGGUGAGGACGAGAUAUCAAGUGUUGAAAUCCAAAAGGAAGUGCAAAGGUUCAUGGCAAACUGAUUGCUUUUGA